GAUUCAGUUCAGUUUAGUUCUGUUCUGUGCUGUUCUGUUCUGUUUUAUUAGAUUAAAUUCUCAGUUUGUUCAAUUUAAAUUAAUCUGAUCAGGAUGAAGUUUGUGAGGUUUAUAAUGAAGAAUUCAGCUCUGGCGAAUUUACCCAAACACAUCGAUCAUUUCUCCAGGUUUAAUCCCUCUCCUCUCUCCAUGAAACAGUUCCUGGACUUCGGUUCCACUAAUGCAUGUGAGAAAACAUCAUUCUGUUUCCUGAGACAGGAACUUCCUGUGAGGAUCUCCAACAUCCUGAAGGAACUCAGCCUUCUACCAUCAUCUCUGCUGUCCACCCCCUCAGCCCAGCUCGUCCAAAGCUGGUAUGUUCAGAGUCUGAUGGAGGUUCUUGAAUUCCAUGAUAAGAAUUCAGAAGAUCACAGAGUUCAACAGGAAUUUGUGGAAGCUCUCGUGAACAUGAGGAACAGACACAAUGCUGUGGUACCCACCAUGGCACAAGGGGUCAUCGAGUACAAGGACACCUUUAACCAGGAUCCAGUCACCAACCAGAACAUCCAGUACUUCCUCGAUCGCUUCUACAUGAGCCGCAUCUCCAUCCGCAUGCUCACCAACCAGCACACUUUGAUCUUUGACCAUGGAUCGCACCACGCCCACCCUAGCACCAUCGGCUCUAUCGAUCCUCAGUGUGAUGUCAGCGAGGUGAUCAGAGAUGCGUAUGACAGCGCUAAGUUGCUGUGUGAGCAGUACUACCUUGGAUCUCCAAAACUGGAACUGAUUCAGAUCAACGUAAACAAUGAGAAGAAACUCAUCCACAUCUGCUACGUACCAUCACACCUCUUCCAUAUGCUCUUUGAACUCUUUAAGAAUGCGAUGAGAGCCACGAUCGAGCAUCACCAAUCCAGUCAAGUUUUACCCCCCAUUAAAGUGAUGGUGGCUCUCGGGGGAGAAGAUCUCACCAUCAAGAUGAGUGAUCGGGGCGGUGGUGUUCCCUUCCGAAAGGUUGAGCGUCUCUUUAGCUACAUGUACUCCACUGCACCCAGACCUGAGAUCAGCAACCACCAACGAGCUCCACUGGCGGGGUUCGGAUAUGGCCUGCCAAUUUCCCGUCUCUAUGCCCGCUACUUCCAGGGAGAUUUACAGCUGUACCCACUGGAAGGCUAUGGCACAGACGCCAUCAUCCACAUGAAGGCGCUGUCCUCAGACUCGGUGGAGAAGUUGCCGGUAUUUAAUAAAACGGCGCUGAAACAUUACACGACGAGCCACGAGGCCGAUGACUGGUGCAUCCCGAGCAAAGAACCCAUAAACCUGGCUCGCUUCAGACCACCCAAUUGAGAGAGGCGCAACUUACAGAAUGAAAAUCUUCAGCUGAGAUCUUCCAGGUCUCCAUGAGGUCUGCAGCGUCUCCAUCACGGAGCAAACAUGCCUGGACUGAGAUGGUUUAGUGAGAGUUACUGAGGACUGGUUAACCAAUCGUGAGUGAGUCAGAACAAGGUUGUCUAAUUCGGAUCCAUUUGAAGGAAGAAGUACAGAGUGGAAUCUUCUUAACUUCCCGUUUAUGGAAGCGUUUGAAGGAGCCAUAAUUCUGUUUAUCAGAUGAGAGUGAAGAUCAGGACAAUCAAAGGUCAAUAAUUAUGUUAUAAACUGUGAUAAAAUGAUGGCAACUCCUGUAAUAUCUUCAAUAUAAAGUGUGGGGUUGGCAUAGUGGUGCAGCAGGUAGGGUUGGUGUUGUACAGCUUCUAAGACCUGAAUAUGAUUAUUGUCUAUGGCAUAAAUAGUUCUGCUCUUCACCUUUAAACACAAACUAUAAACAAUUACGGCACCAAAUGUUGGGCAGCUUAAACAUGAACGUCAUCAUUUAUCAUCUGUAACCCUAAAAACAAACUAAAUAAAUGAAAUGUACAUGAAGCAUUUUUCCAGAUGUGGAAAAGCUGUGGUGCAGGAUUAACCAGGAACAGGGUGGAGAUUCUCUCUGUUAGCUCACGUACACACUUUACGGUCGACGUUUCCUUCCAUGAUGUUGUUUCACUGAUUCACUUGUAUCAUAGAAAAUGAAUUGAAAUAAAAAUGAGAUCGAAUAACA